UAAGCCGCGUCCUCCUAUCUCCUACCCCCUCUCGCUAAAUACCAGCGAAGCAGUCGCCCGCGCAAACGCGCGCCGUUUCCCGCUUCCACUCCCCUCCCCCCAUUAUUCCCGCGAUUCUCCUCCCUUCCUCCCGCCGCGCGCGCCUUGGCCAUGGGGAAGUACAUGCGGAAGGGGAAGGUGUCGGGGGAGGUGGCGGUGAUGGAGGUGGGCGGGGCGCUGCUCGGCGUCCGCACCCGCUCCCGCACGCUCGCGCUGCAGCGGACGACCUCGUCGCAGAAGCCGCCGGAGAAGGGGGAGGGGGACCCCGGUGCGGGCGCGGGCGCGGGGGCGGAGUACCUCGAGCUCAGGAGCCGGAGGCUCGAGAAGCCGCCUCCGCACACGCCGCCGGCCAAGGAGAAGGAGACCGCCAGGAGGGCUUCCGCCGCCGCCGCCGCCGCCGUGAGGAUGCCGGCGGCGCCGCAAGCGGCCGAGGAGUUCGAGGCGGAGGUCGAGGUGUCCUUCGGCGACAACGUUCUUGACCUCGACGGCGACGCCAUGGAGAGGAGUACCAGGGAGACAACGCCUUGCAGUUUAAUUAGGAGCUCAGAAAUGAUAAGCACCCCUGGCUCCACAACUAAAACCAACACCUCGAUCAGUUCCCGGCGCAGAAUGGAGACCUCUGUUUGUCGUUACGUUCCGAGUUCUCUUGAGAUGGAAGAGUUCUUUGCAGCUGCUGAACAACAGCAACAUCAGGCUUUCAGAGAGAGGUAUAACUUCUGUCCUGUGAACGACUGCCCACUUCCUGGACGGUACGAAUGGACAAGGCUAGACUGCUAGAUUUUCAUCUUGAGAGCUCCAUUGAUCUCUCCACACAGUUGACUAGCACCACCAUGGCAGAGGCAAAAUGCAAUUCGAUUAGGUUUCUUCUCUGUUGUAAAAAAAAAAUAGAGUUAGUCAGUAGCUCAAUGAUCUUGUGUAACAAACAUAAGUGAUGUUGAGUUACACAUCCUGAUCCCCCCACCAACAUGUAACCGUUAACUGCUCAUUCUGUAACGAACCACCUCUUUUAGGCCUAGCUUUAUUAUCUGUCCCCAGUCGAUUUAAUGAAUUUAGUUAGAAUUUCUCUAGCAGCUGCCUUCUGUUUACCCACUGAAGAUAAGUAUUUGCAGUGAUUCCGGAGGUGCUGUGGAUUUGUCUACGGGAAAUAUGUGUUAUAUUCUUAAAAGCUGUUUAGUGCCUGACCUUAUGAAAUUCUCUAUAGCUUUGAAGGGCUGGCGAAUUUAACACAGGAAACUGCUUAUGCCCUUUCACGAGGUUGCAUCUUGAUUCGUGCUCUACUAAUGUGUGAUGAUGGGUGUAAUACAUUGUUGCUA